AUGGUUUUUCUUGAUCUAUUUCCUGUCAGUAGUCCGCUUUUAUUACUUGAGAAAUCUAUAUUCAUCAUUUCCCAAUCAAGAAACAAGAAGUUGCUCAAAAUUUUAGCAACCAAUCGUAUUGGAUUAUUCAUCACUGGUGUUUUCUCUUUUAUUGUGAGCUUGUGUUUCUCCCUAAUUGGAGUCUAUAUUUUCUAUGCAAACUCGAUCGAAGAAUCGAACACUUUCAGAGCAAUCUUUUUAUUCAUAAUUUUUGUUCUGGGCAGUGUCCUUGCCUUAAUUACCAUAUCACUUGACAUGGUUGCCAAUAGAAAGAAGAUUAGACAAAAGGGAUUUGUCAGCUUCCUCUUAUUCGACGAUCCUUUUUAUGCCAGAAUCGAUUUGAUAUCGAUUACUCUGACCAUCAUUGUGGCCCUUCUCGUCGUAAUAGGAAAUGCCAUUCCUGGAUUAUCUGAUGUGGCUGCAAAAGGAGGCGCUGGGGCCAUUCUCAACACAGUUCUAUGCUUUUGCUGUGUCAUGUUUUGUGGUGGAACCACUCUGACCAUUGAAAUUGUUAAAAAAUUGAGAAAUCGAAAUGAAAAGAAAACAUGCAGUGAAUUGGAGGAUCUACUUGCAGAGAAUGAUCUCUUCCUUCUACUCAGGGAAUAUGCUUCCAAAGAGUUCAGUAUUGAAAAUAUUGAGCUCUUCUCAUUGCUAAAAUCCAUCAAGAGUGAAAUGGUUUCGCUCUCUCAAUUGGAAGCGAUAGAGAAGGAUUUUAUUGCGAACUUCUCGAAAUACGAGAUCGAUUUACCAUCCGUCACAAAGAACAAUUUUUAUAGGCUUCUUGAGGAGUGCAAAUCUUCCAAUCCACAACAAGUGUCGACCAAAAAAUUGACAGAUGUACUUUGGAAUGAAUUAAUGACCAACAUUUUGGACACCUUUGGACGAUUGGAACAAACUUCUCAAUACAAGGAAUGGUUGAGCAUCAAGACCAUGCAAGAAAAAAGAGGUUUGAAGUAA